UAAGGAGAGAGACUUACUCUGCACACUUUGCCGUUUUUUGAGGCACUAAUCCGAGUAUUUUGGUGGCACACUUGUAACCGCGCACCUGGAGCUUUUCAGUCCGGGAACCUGCGCAUCUCUGUCUCCCCGUGCCUUCAUCCUUCCGACUCAUCGACGCGCGAGACUGGGCUGACUCACGGGCAGUCAUGCUGUAGAAGUUUUCACGAGUGAAACCAGAGCAGCGUGGGUCUAAAGUUUGCUCUCCUCGCGAGAGGGACCAUGCAAGGACAAACUAACAGAGCACGGAGCAAUCUGAGGCUGCUGCUGCUGUGCCUCGCUGUCACUGUCCUCACCUCAGGAGCGCACGCAGGUGGGAAAAAGCACAGUGGCCCCUGUGGAGGAAGAGACUGCAGUGGAGGCUGUAAAUGUUUCCCAGAGAAGGGUGCUAGGGGUCAACAUGGGCCUCUUGGUCCUCAGGGUCCACAGGGACCUCCGGGGAGAUCAGGUGAUCCAGGCAUCCAAGGACCAAAGGGGCACAAAGGUGACAGUGGCCAGAGUGGCACCAUAGGCCCAAAGGGAAAUGUGGGGCAGACCGGCGUUCCUGGGUUUCCUGGAAACGAUGGCAUACCUGGACACCCAGGUCAAGCUGGUCCCAGGGGGAAACCAGGAGCAGACGGCUGUAAUGGCACAAAUGGAGAACCAGGCUUUUCCGGGCAACCCGGUUAUCAUGGCUCACCUGGUUUCCCUGGACAACAUGGCAGGAAGGGAGAGAAGGGAGACACUCUGGAGCUAAGUGUGUACAUGGAGCGUUUCAGGGGAGAUCCAGGCACACCAGGGAUGCAUGGAAUAUUUGGCCCUUCAGGAAACCCAGGCUGGCCAGGCAGCAGAGGCAUUCAAGGACCUAAGGGUCCCCCAGGGCCUCCAGGGCCACGUGGAGCUAAGGGCACGAUGACCAAAGUGUAUAAAGGAAACAAGGGAGAACAAGGAGACAUCGGACCACCGGGGCUGCCAGGAAACUCUACUCAUCCUCAUACUCUGCCUCCGUAUGGUCCCCAGGGACCUACUGGAGAGCAAGGCCCGAAAGGAGAGAAAGGAGAGGACGAAAACAGGGGGGAAACUGGUAUCAUGGGAUUCCCUGGUUUGCGGGGCGAAUCUGGUGCAGAUGGGAGCCCUGGACCAAGGGGGGAGCCUGGUGACGGAGGAGUAAUAGGCAGACAUGGACCUAAGGGAGUCAGAGGAGACCCAGGAGAUGUGAUUACAUCUGGAUCGCUAUGGCCUUGGUCUUCAACAGGUCCACCUGGUCCGCCUGGUACUCAUGGUGAGCAGGGUCCAGAUGGAGAGAGGGGCCCGAUAGGAGAUCAAGGCCCCCCUGGACCCCCCGGGCGUCCUGCUUCUGAUACACAACAACAUGUGUUUGACUACUUUGGGCCUUUUGGUGUCAGUGGUGAGAAAGGAGAUCAAGGCCAAAAAGGGGACACAGGGCUUCCUGCUGUCACUGCAGGACCCCCGGGUGCCAAUGGGCGCCCAGGUGCCAGGGGCCCUCCAGGGCCUAAAGGAACAUGGGCUGAGUUCUUCAAAGGGUCUGCGGGUGGUAGAGGAAGGCCGGGAAAUGCUGGCUUUAAAGGACCAAAAGGUGAACAUGGAGUGUGUGAGUGCAGCAUUGCAAACGCUCCAGUUGGACUACCUGGCCCUGUCGGAGAGCGUGGUGAUGCUGGAAUGACUGGAGAGUUUGGUCAGGAGGGUGAUGGUGGAGACCCUGGUCUCCAAGGCGAUGAUGGGUUCCCUGGCUCUCGUGGACUCAUUGGGGAACCAGGCCCAAAAGGCAGAAAAGGGGACACAGCAGUGGCCACACAGAAAGGAUACCAUGGAGAUCAAGGAGAUCCUGGUCUAGACGGUGAGCCAGGAUCACCAGGUGCUGCAGGCCUGAGCGGUGUGCAUGGUUUCCCUGGGAACCGUGGUUUUUCAGGAGAAGGUCCCAGGGGAGAGCCUGGAGACAAAGGUUUCCCAGGUCUACCCGGUCGACCCGGUGCAGCCGGGCUGAGGGGAGAACCAGGUGCAGUACUUGGGGCUCUAAAAGGCCAACGUGGUUUACCCGGUGAUGACGGUCUUGCAGGCUUUCCAGGAAUUCCAGGAACACCUGGCAGCCCAGGUGACUGUAGACCGACAGGAGAUGGAGGACAGGUGGAUGUAACAGGUAGUUCUUGCGGUGCAAAUCCAGGGCCCCCCGGGCCACCUGGACCUCCAGGACCUGAUGGGUUACCAGGUUUUCCAGGACUCAUAGGUCAAAAGGGACCACCAGGUCUAGAUGGAGCACAUGGAGAGAAAGGAGAAACAGGAGAUCAAGGCGUAGGUGGCCGUCCUGGGUUUCCAGGUUUUGCUGGUCCUCGGGGAGACCAUGGAGUUCCUGGCAGGAAAGGUUUGAAUGGAAACCCUGGUUUGCCUGGUGUUCCCGGGCGGCAUGGGAACCAAGGUGAGAAGGGUCAGCACGGUGAGAUCUUUGGAGCAUCACCAGGAGCCCCCGGUGACCAAGGGCUGCCUGGGCUUCUGGGAAAUAAGGGUGAAACCGGGGAUGAAGGAGAUCCUGGUUAUCCAGGAAUGGCAGGCAUGCCUGGUAUGAUUGGUCACAAAGGAGAGCAUGGCCCUCAUGGCCUACAGGGGGAGGAAGGAAGGCCUGGGCCAGCGGGCAAGUAUGGCUAUCCUGGUGACCCUGGACAAUCAGGUCCACCUGGGCCUUAUGGUGCUGUUGGACAGCCAGGUUUCACCGGAGAAAGGGGAACCGAGGGGGAACCAGGCCCUCCAGGUCCUUUUGGAUUAAAAGGGACCCCUGGACAAUACGGUAAUGAUGGUGUUGCUGGAGAGUAUGGCUCACCGGGUGACCCAGGAUUGCCAGGUAUAGAUGGACACCCAGGAGGGCCGGGAAUUAAAGGCUACAAAGGCUCCCCUGGCAUGUCUGGUUUUGAGGGGAACAGAGGUGUUCAUGGGUUGAAGGGCGUCAGUGGACAAAAGGGAGAACCUGGCGUGCAGGGACAAUUUGGCCCAAAAGGAGUGAUUGGGAAAAAGGGAAAACAAGGUGAGCGUGGUGUGACUGGACGACCUGGUGAGAAACCUCAUAUCCCUGCCCAGAUAGUGGUUGAAAUGAAGGGUCUCAAGGGAGAUCGUGGAGACCCAGGAAAGCAUGGUUUCACUGGAUCUAGAGGUUUGAAGGGUUUCCCUGGUGUGCCUGGGUGGGAAGGAGGACAUGGUUUGCCCGGAGAGCCCAGCAAUGACAAAGGACAGCAUGGAGACCCAGGUGCUCAGGGACUCCCAGGUCUAAAAGGAAUGCCAGGCCCAACGGGGAAUCGAGGAAUAAGCGGUUUUCAAGGAAUGGAUGGCAGCAAGGGAAUUAAAGGAAGCCGUGGUGCCUACGGUGCAUCAGGAGACAAAGGAAAAAAGGGGGUCAAAGGUGGACAAGGCCCUCGUAUAGACCUUCCAGGAGCUACAGGAUUGAGAGGAGAGGAAGGUUUCCAAGGAGAACCCGGUCAAAGAGGAUUAACAGGAAAUACUGGGGACAGGGGCACAACUGGAUUUGAUGGCAUUGAAGGGAAAAGGGGAGAACCGGGUGAUCCAGGAAUAGCAGGUUUCUCAGGCUCAGAUGGGCAGAGGGGAACUCCUGGGAACCAAGGUCCAAAAGGCUUUCCUGGAGUUCCUGGAAAAGAUGGAAGCCCAGGCUUUCCUGGUUUCCCAGGAAACAAGGGUUUCCCUGGCUUGGAGGGUCUUUAUGGGUUACAUGGAUUGAAAGGACAAAAGGGUAUCCCAGGAAAUCCAGGUCUGGAUAUCAUUGGACCAGCUGGGGAGCCAGGAGCCAAAGGAGAGAGAGGAGAGAGCGGUGACCCCAACAGCCAACCAGGUUUUCCAGGCACAGCGGGUUUGAAAGGCUUCCAAGGACCUCAAGGUGACUACGGUCAUCCUGGACUACCAGGAUUCCGUGGCCCCAUUGGACCAGAUGGGACUGCAGGCAGACCAGGACUUAGAGGUGACCUGGGAUUUCCAGGAGCUAAAGGAUUGCAAGGUUUCCCUGGACCCAGAGGACUUCCUGGUGUGGGUGCUCCCCCCGGAGAAAAGGGUGUUGAGGGUUUUAAUGGGUUUCCUGGAAUCCCUGGUAGGAAAGGAUUCAAAGGAGAUCAAGGUUCAUCGGGAUACAAGGGGCCCCAUGGUGUCUCUGGGAAAAAAGGGGUGAAAGGAGAGCAAGGAGUGAUGGGAGUUCCUGGUUUAAAUGGUGUGAAGGGUGAAAGAGGCCAAGUCGGUACAAAAGGAAACACCGGACCAACAGGUUUUCGUGGAGUUCCAGGUUCCCAGGGUCCUCCUUCAAUUCCCAUCAGUAUUCCAGGAGAGAGAGGCCCUCCAGGGCCACAGGGUAUCCGUGGACCCGGGGGGGUCGGAGGGGAACCGGGUCCGCAUGGUCCUCCUGGUGAUCCAGGUUUCAUAGGACCUUUUGGGCCAAAGGGCAUGCCGGGUAUUGGCGGCACACCGGGAACACCUGGAUUCCGUGGAGGCGUUGGACAUAUUGGCCACCCCGGUCUACAAGGCAUGGAAGGUCACAGUGGCAACCCUGGGAUCCCUGGGUUACCUGGUAUGCCUGGCCGCAGUGUCAGUGUUGGGUACCUACUGGUGAAACACAGUCAGUCCGAUCAUAAGCCCAUGUGUCCUGUGGGAAUGUCUAAACUCUGGGACGGCUACAGCUUGCUGUACUUCGAAGGCCAGGAAAAGGCUCACAACCAGGAUCUCGGUUUGGCUGGCUCUUGCCUCCCCAAGUUCAGCACCAUGCCCUUCCUGUACUGCAACCCUGGAGACCUGUGUUACUACGCCAGCAGAAAUGAUAAGUCCUACUGGUUGUCAACAACUGCGCCUCUUCCUAUGAUGCCCGUGGAGGAGGGAGAGAUUAAACCAUACAUCAGCCGCUGCUCAGUGUGCGAGGCUCCAUCAGUUGCCAUUGCUGUCCACAGCCAGGACAUCACGAUCCCACAGUGUCCUUUGGGCUGGCGCAGCCUGUGGAUUGGCUACUCCUUCAUCAUGCAUACAUCAGCAGGAAGCGAAGGUGGAGGGCAGUCCCUGUCGUCGCCUGGCUCCUGCCUGGAGGACUUCCGCACAGCACCGUUCAUUGAGUGCAACGGAGCCAAGGGGACAUGCCACUACUUCGCUAACAAGAACAGCUUCUGGCUAACCUCCAUCGAUCAGUCAUUCCAUGCUAAACCAGCAGCAGAGACACUCAAAGGGGGCCAGCUCCUGUCACGUAUCAGCCGCUGCCAGGUCUGCAUGAAGAACUUAUGAAAGACUCUACUGACAGAAAGAGAGCUUGACAGUGGUUGAGUGGUCGAGUGUUUUCUCUCUCUAAGGCGAUCUGAAAUACUGACUUAGGUCACUGUAUAUUGAGAUUAAACCCCAAGCCAUGGAGCCCUGAUAUGCAAUAACCAUGUGAAUCCUUGAGCUUUGAAUAAAAUGUCCCACUGUAGAUAGAUCAAGAGAGGCCCCAUAAUGAAGCUAACAGCAUUAUGGGAAAGGUAUGUGUAUGUUAAAUGUGGAUUGGUGCUUAUUGUUUUAACUUAUUACCUCAGCUACUUUGACACAGAUCGGUGACCGUCUACUACAGCUGAACCAAAGAUGCUUGUGUUUAUGCACUGCUUCAGUUUAUUUACGUGUUUUUAAUGUUUAGGGUAUACAGCACGCCAUAAAGCCACUAACCCUGCCUCUCAUCCACUUGAAGAGUGUGUCAUUAGAGGUCUUGAACAAUAGUUUGUUGAUAGUACUGACAGAAUUAUCCUGCUUUUAUCCCAUGGCUCUUGCAAAAUGUAUCCAGUCCUUUAACUUGUUUUUAAGCAUUUAUCCACUACUGCAAAAUAGUACGCAGCUCUUCAAUUUUCCUAUAGCACAUUCAUACAAUGCACUGACUUUCUUUGUAUUUAUACCAGCUGAAGGAACUUGACCCCCUAUAUGUAACAUGUCUUAACAUGUAUAUCUUAUCUAACAUUGCUCAUGCCACCGUCAUCUUGCUUUACAAAUCCACUUACUAUGGAGUUGCCCUAGGAGCUGCCAGCAGGACAGAAUGUAAAACAGCCUGGAUCAAAGGUCUGAAAAUCCAAAAUCUUUGCUCUGGUCACACAGUAUUUUAACCAAUUUAAAAAAGUAGGUCAAACAUUUCAAUUCAUCUACAUUCAACUGUCUGGAAAUUAACACUUUGACUAGAACUGAGAAAUAAUGACAUCUGUUUUAAAUGCAAUGUAAUUAUGUUUCAUAACAUGAUCAUUUGAUUGGCCUGUAAAGAUUAAAUGUAAUUUCUUGUA